CACUUUGACGUUUCUGACUAUAUUCAUAUUUCUGACAAUUAAACAAAAACAUAACCCUAUUUUUGCAUAUGCCCUUGUUUUGACAUUGUUACCUAACAUGUAAUUACAGGGAUGCACAAAUAAUUUUUUAUGCAAUGACGGGUGAAAAAAGCCACCUUCCUCGCAAAGGGCGCCUUCUCGAAGACAACGUGAAUUACGAGCAAUUCCUUAAACUUUCAAACUACGAAGACACUGUCCGCCAGCUAGAUAUUUACUAUGGCAUGGUCAAACGACAACUUUUGCUUUAUCAGAGCCCCAUAACGGGCCUAUUUCCCGUUUUAUCCAGCAAUACUACAAUCGGGAGUGUCCGCGACAGUGUUUAUUGCGCGGCUGCGGUAUGGGGGCUAUAUCAAGCCUACCGGCGAAUAGACGACGACAGGGGCAAAUCGUACGAAUUGGGACAAUCAGCAGUUAAAUGCAUGCGUGGAAUCCUCGAAUGUUGGAUUAAACAAGCCUCCCGAAUCGAAUUAUUCAAGAAAAACCAAUGUAACAUCCAUGCACUUCACGUAAAGUUUCAUCUAACAACAGGGAAUGAGGUCUACACCGACGAUUCUUACAGCCACCUUCAAAUUGAUGCCGUUUCAAUUUACUUGCUGUUUUUAGUACAAAUGAUAGCAUCGGGACUCCAGAUUAUUUAUACUCAGGAUGAGGUGGCAUUUGUGCAAAACUUGGUGUAUUACGUUGAGCGGGCCUACCGGACGCCUGACUACGGCAUGUGGGAACGUGGAAGCAAAUACAAUGAUGGUACUCCUGAAAUUCACGCUAGUUCAAUUGGUUUGGCCAAAUCAGCCUUGGAGGCAAUCAACGGCUGUAAUUUGUUUGGCGAACAAGGGGCUUCCUGGAGCGUCGUCUAUGUCGAUAUUGAUGCUCACAAUCGUAAUAGGAGCAUAUUUGAGACUUUACUUCCCCGAGAGUCAAGUUCUAAAGAAGUCGAUUCGGCUCUCUUACCUACAAUUUCAUUUCCGGCUUUCUCUACUCACGAAGAUUUAUUAUAUAACGAGGCAAAAAACAAUAUUGUUAGUCGACUAAAGGGCAAAUAUGGUUUUAAGCGAUUCCUUCGAGACGGUUAUAAGACUUGUGUCGAGGAUACAAAACGGAGAUAUUACGAAAAUGGGGAAAUCAAACAUUUUGAAAAUAUCGAAUGCGAAUGGCCUCUGUUUUACAUAUUUAUGAUCAUAGAUGGCGUUUUUAAAUCUUUACCUGACCAGAUAUCCGAAUAUCAAGACUUGCUAAAACAACGAAUUUAUUUGGAUCAAACCGGGGACCCGGUAAUUCCCCAAUAUUACUACGUUUCUGCUGAAAAUAUCGACGCGGAACGCGCCGCCCCUAACACCACUACUCGCACCGCCUCAAAGGAGGACGGUCUCUUCCUCUGGAACCAAUCAAUGUUCAUUUUAGCCCAACUUUUAACCGCUGGACUUUUACACAUCAACGAACUCGACCCAAUCAGACGCUACCUUCCCUCCUACAACCGGCCACGUAAAGGGGGGCGCUACUCGGCGUUCCAGGCAAAAUUCUCUGUUGCGAAACCGUCCGUUGGUACUGCGACCGAUUUGGUGGUCCAGAUCGUCUUAAUUGCUGAAUCCAUGCGUCUGCAAGCCAUGAUGGCCACUUACGGCAUCCAAACUCAAACCCCGCAUGAAGUAGAACCGGUCCAGGUAUGGUCGUCGACUCAAUUAGUCAAAGUUUAUGAGAAUCUCGGAAUCAAUCACAAAUUAAAGUUGCAAGGACGUCCGGUCAGACCUAUCGGGAGUUUGGGGACGAGUAAAGUUUAUAGAGUGUGCGGAGCGACCGUCCUUUGUUAUCCUCUCAUAUUUGAAGUUUCUGAUUUCUACUUAUACAGAGAUAUGGAGUUGUUGAUUGAUGAUAUUAAGACUGAGUUGCAAUUUGUUGGCAAGUACUGGAGGUUGUCAGGGCGCCCAACUGUGUGUCUUUUGAUACGCGAGGAACACAUGAGAGACCCACAAUUCAAGAAAAUGCUCGACUUGCUUGCCAUGUUCAAAAAGGGAUAUUGCGAAGGAGUUAAAGUUAGAGUAGGCCGGCUGCAAAAUUUGAUUUCGAGUUCUUGUGUCGAACAUUUGGAUUUUAUGAACGUGCUUGAUUUUCCUGUUGACACUUUUACCCAGUUUAAACAAUUGCAACACGAUUAUAUAGGGUAUCAAAGUUUGACAGAUGUACCUCGUGUUCUUAACUACCAUGACGAGCUUAAAGAUUUUUCGCACUAUAAAAAAAAUACAACUCAUGAGAUAAUCGAGGCGAUUAAGCAAACCGAAAGUUUGUAUGGCAAGUGUCAACUUUUCGGUAUUUUGUUGAAGCGAGAAGGGGGACAUUUUAAGGUUUUUGAUCAUGGUGUAGAAGAACAUCUACAUAGUAUUUAUCAUCAAGCUGGCUGUUUAAGACAUUGGGCUGCCGUGCGUUACACCAGCAGUCUUUUGUCGCACAAUGUGGACUCUAUUAGUCCUUUCAUAACGGCCGUUUUAGUCCACGGAAAACAAUUAACAGUUGGCGUUAUUGGUCAAAAAGAAACAGUUUUUGACAAACCAAUGACACCAGCUGAAAUCCAACACGUGGUGUACAACACAAUUCAGCCUUAUGACGUCAUUGGUGCAGUCCUACAACAGGAAGUUAUCCUUUAUUGCGGCCGUUUAAUCGCCACAAACCCUGAUCUUUUCAAAGGAAUUCUCAAAAUCCGAGUUGGCUGGGUUUUGGAAGCUAUCAAAUAUUACUUAGAGAUAUUCGGUGACAAGAAAAAACUUGAAGAUCACAGUCCUUACGAAGUUCGUCAAUUGUUAUACAAAGUCUUGUCGAUUAAAGAGUGGGGGGCUAAAGAAAAAUUAACCCCGUUUCAAAAACGCCAACUCGAGGGCUGUUUAUGUCGAGUUCCCACUUUUUUCUACCACCAGGUAUGGGAUGUGAUGGCGCGGACGCCUCAAGGAAUCAAAGUUUUGGGUAAGGUCCUGCCCCAACAACCCACAAUGUCAAAUUUGGCCAAGUGUGAAUUGACUUUUUCGCUUCUUGUUGAGGAAAUGUUAAAUUGUAUCAACCGCCCAGAGUAUAGACAGUUGGUGGUGGAGUUGUUGAGUAUUGUUUCGACGAUUUUGGGUCGGAAUCCCGAGUUGUUUUUCAGCCAGAUGUUGGAUUUGGAGCAGUUGAUCAAUGAUGCGGCGGAAAUGUAUGUUAAGGACAUGUUGCAGGAUCAUGGCUUGCUGACUGACGGGGUUAAGAAGUUGAUGGAGGUGCCGUAUAUACAGUCGACGGGGUAUUUGGCGAGGGCUGUGGUCAACUCGGUGCUGAAAAGAGGGCAAUUGGGUGAUCUUGAGAAUGAUUCGGAAACGUGCCUGGUCUCGUAAUUCGUUGUGUAUUGUGUAAUAUUAUGUUUGGAAACACAGUUUUUAUUCAAUGUAACAUUAUGUUUGGAAAUACAGUUUUUAUUUACA